GUUCCCUUUCCUACUCUCUACACGUGCGUGUGUAUGUAUACCUGACAUAGUUACCUUACCUCCUAGUGUCAAUCCUGACACUUUCAUCUUCAGUGCCAAGUAAAAGACACGGGGGUUAUCGUUACCAGGUUUCAAGUCUAUUUAACUGGUCGACGUCGGACGCGUCUCCCCUUUUUUUUUUCUUUCUUCACCGUCGAGUUUUCCUCACUCAAGCAUCGCCAAAACCCUCGUUCAAAACAGUGGAUAUCCCUUUCGAUAUUGACAGCCAGACUAUAUAACUUUACCACCUCCCUAUUUCAGCCACCUCGACUCACCUCUCAUGUCCGCGUCUCCACCUAGCGGCUCGUCCAAGCGACGGGUACGCACAGAGGCUCAAAUGAGCCAGAAGCGACUGGCAGAUCGCGUCAAGCACAGAGAGAACCGGCAGGAGCACAAACAACGUAUGGAGCGGAUGGAAGCAGACAUAGCACAGAUCAGAAAGAACCUCGACACCGUUUCCGCUCAGCUCCGGACGCUUCCGCAGUUGAGCGCUGAUCUGGUGGCUUUGCAACAGAGAUCUUCGCAGAAACCCCCUGGCGAGGCUUAUGAGAUGGACACGAGCGUUGAGACCCCGGACUUCCCCGCAGGGCGACGAGCGCCAGCUGCUGCUCCAUGUGCGGCAGACCACCACGAUAUCCCGCCUGCCGAGGUUCCCGAGGUGGUGUCGAGUUUAUUCCCCACGCCGUCGCAUGUCGAUUGCCGAUGCGGAGUGCAACAUCACUCGCAGGCGGAUUGUCUCGAGUAUCGGAGUUUCGCGAUACUUUACGAGACCCAUGCUGCUUUUCCCAAGGAUCCGCUCCACGCUAGGUCCCUGCCGAGGAACCCUGAGCUGCCUAACAUGACGCUUCACUCUUACGGGGAUAAUGCAGUCACAUGUUUUCUGACCUCGUUUCUCAAGGGUUUUGAGAUGGCUAGUGUGGAGACUUUGUUUGGGGUCUAUUUCUUUGCCUAUCGUCUCAUGAGAUGGCGCUUACAUCCUGAUCCUAUGACUCUCAAGGAUGUACCGCCGUGGCUGCUUCCUACCGAGGUUCAGAAUACCUAUCCACAUCCUGUGAGCAUCGAUUACAUCCCUUGGCCCGACCUGCGAGACUUUUUGUGUACGAAUCCACGUAUCAAGUCAAGGCAUUCAGUCAAGAUAUACCUUGAGUCGCUUCAACUAAAAUGGCCGCCUGGAUGUCCUUUGAUGGCUGUCGAAGGUGGUCAGGUUUGCGUAAGCCCCGAGUUUGAGGCUAUUGCAUGUGAUCUCAAUAAUUGGGAACUAGGGCCACCCUGGUUGGAGGCUUUUCCUCGUUUGGUUUCACUUGUGCAUCCUUGAGUCUUGGCCCAUGUUUCUUGGUCCGUAUGUUGGAAAGAUGAGAGCAGUUAAGAGCAGUUAAGAGCAGUUAAGAGAGGUGAUCGUUGUGUUUUAUCAUAGAUACCAUAGUCUACACCGUACAUGGAAAUGAAUCACAUUUCCUCCAACUUGUUCCACGCCUCAGC